CAUUUAUUCUAAGUCAAUACAAGUAACCAUGCAUUUCUGUAAACUAUUUUUAUCUCAGCAUUCUCAGCUAUUGGCUCUUCUCUUGCCCUUUUAAAAGGCGGCCUGAAGGCGAAGGAGUCAAAUUCCAUCUCACGUAGGAAGCAGCACCUCCUCACGUUUCUCCCUUCUUCCACCACGACGCAUAACGGGUCCGCAUCAACAGGCAGAAUAAGGGAGAGCUUUAUUCCUCUUCGGUUGGAUUAUAACGGUAUUGACACAUGUUACGGUAAUCCACUUUUAUAAUAAUAGCGCGUUUUCUAGCGUUUUAUCGUUUUGAACGAGUUGGUUCCCAUUUUAUCUGAAAUUAACCUUCUUUCUAUGGUUGUCAAAGUUUAUCUUGAUGCAACAUAGUGAAUUGACGCCCAAGAGGAAUCAAGUUAUUUCACGAUUUUCGACACAAAGCAGAAUAUUUGAUUACGGACAUGUAAGCAUUUCACCGUAAGGUCUACCUACACCUGUCAUAUUCGGCGCAUGUGACAAAUACAAAUGGAUUUGAUUUGAUAUCAGGAACAAGCGAAGAGAGGGAGAAUCGAACAGCCUGCUACUUUCCCCAGCGGAAAUGAGCUCAGUCGGGGGGUUUUCCAUCUUUUAGAACAUGACGGGUUUCAGCCACUACUUGCUGCCGGUGGAACCCUGAAGGUUCUCAUUCCACAACCAAAAUAUUUUGUUUCGGAUGGAAUGUCAAAGUAAGUCAAAUGGACUACAACUACACGGACCGCAGCGACGCGCAACAUCAUCAUCAUCACCACUGUGAAGGAGGCAUGGAAGGUGGCUUGGGCACACCCACGUCAUCAGCUGGCAGCUCCACCUGCAAGAGGCUCCAGCAGCACCGGCGCCCAGAGUACCUGAGGACAGAGUUACACCGGCUACAGAGCACCCUGGCUAUGGAGGAGGGGAGGACAGCCUGCCUGACCAACGGAGCAUCUGGAUGUCAUGGGAUGAACAGACAGAACGGUCACGGUGAUGUCAUAAAGACGAGCAACACCCUGAGACUACAUGUACCACCAGCUGGCUCAUGUGUCUCAGUCAGCCAGCAGCUCUCUCCUCUGGAGACAUCCAGCUCAGAAGCAUACAAACCAUCCCUAAGUUACCAAAACAACCAUUUAAUUUCCUCCUCUCCCACUCCCCCUCAGAGUGACUUCAGGUUGACCCCAGGGUCAAUCCCCCUACAGCCCUGCCUCUUGAGCCCUAACCCCAGGUGUAGUUCUGCUGCCUCUGCAACUCAGUUCUGCCCUCCUAUCUCCAGGACCUGUCCCUCUGGUUCCACUGGCUCCAGGUCACCCCAGUCCCCCCGGCCAACCUGCCACUCCAGGCCACCUCCUUCAGGGGACACUCCCUUCAGCUCCUCUUUCAGCUUCAUCCAACAGUCACUGAGCCUUGAUUCACUGAGCUCCAAUCACAGGACAGAAACAGACACCACAGCUGGUGAGAGGCCCCCUGGCCUAAACCCAGACCCACAACCACUGAACAGGCCCCCUGGCCUAAACCCAGACCCACAACCACUGAACAGGCCCCCUGGCCUAAACCCAAACCCACAACCACUGAACAGGCCCCCUGGCCUAAACCCAGACCCACAACCACUGAACAGGCCCCCUGGCCUAAACCCAGACCCACAACCACUGAACAGGCCCCCUGGCCUAAACCCAGACCCACAACCACUGAACAGGCCCCCUGGCCUAAACCCAGACCCACAACCACUGAACAGGCCCCCUGACCUAAACCCAGACCCACAACCACUGAACAGGCCCCCUGACCUAAACCCAGACCCACAACCACUGAACAGCUCCACUAGUCUAGACCCAGACCCGCUGGAUCAGUCCUCAGCUAGGUCAUUAAGAACUGGAUCAGUCCCAUCCCACUCAGAACCACUGGAGUGGUCUGGGUCUGUCCCACUCUGCCAACCUGUAUCAGCCCCCCUUGACCAAUUACCAUCCAGGACAUCUGGCUCCAGCUCCAACCAAUCACGACUAGGAGUUUUGGGUCUCUCUUUGGGGCUUUCUGUUUCAAAACUGUCAACUCCGAGUCGUGUCCAAUCAGAGCCAGGCUCCUUCCCUCUCAGCCAGUCAGACGGAGUACGGGACCGGCUCUCACCUUGGGUGUGGCAGGACCGCCACUGGGAAGGCCGGGAGGGGGCGGGACCACAUCUGCGGGCGGAGUUACCCUCCUCUGACCUGGUGGAGGUGGAGCCUGACUGUGACUCCUCGUCUCUGGACACAGAAGCCUCCUCCUCCAUGUCAGUAGCGGAGGACUCUGACGCUGCCACUCCCUCCUCCCUCACCUCAGGGUACGAGAGUGCCACGCCCACUACCGCCUCUGCCUCCUCCCUCACCUCAGGGUACGAGAGUGCCACGCCCACUACCGCCUCUGCCUCCUCCCUCACCUCAGGGUAUGAGAGUGCCACGCCCACUACCGCCUCUGCCUCCUCCCUCACCUCAGGGUACGAGAGUGCCACGCCCACUACCGCCUCUGCCUGGAAUGACUGCGUUCCAGACCAGGACCAGGGCUGGGACCAACUGGUCAAGAAGUACGAAGGUGUCCUUCAAGAUUGCCUGCACAACAACCGUACUAAUACUAAGAUUGAGUCCAUGAUGGGGAAGCUGCAGAGACUAAAACAGAAGGCUAUCCUGGAGGAUGAGUAUGACUCAGCUGAGCGCUUUGGUAAGAAGCUGGAGGAGCUGUGUAGAGAGAGGAGCUCACUGAGGCUGGGUCUCCCCUCCAGACAGCCCAGUGUGGCUCUGUUCCUCCAGAGACUCAGAGAGGCAGUACACAGCGCCCUCGCCAGGAUGGAGGACCACAGGGAAGAGGUGGAGAGGGAUGGAGGGGAAGUGGCUGAAGCCGUCCAGGGUCCACUGCAAAGGAGAGAGUGUUUGCUGCAGGAGAAACGCAUGGUGGAGGCGGAGAUGGCAGAGCUGCAGUGGAGGCUCGGAGAGCUGCAGUCUCGGAGUUGCAGCCUGGAACAGCAGAUCCAGCAGGAAGAGGAGGAGCUACAGACUGAGGAGGUUGAAGGACCCGCCCUGCGCAGCUGUAGCCACAUCCAGCUCAGAGACAUGGGCAAUGCCCUCAAUGACCUGGUAACAUCACAGAGCAGGACCAGGAUUUGUGUCUCUCCCCCUGAAGCCAUACUCAGACUCCAGGAUAAGGAGCGAUCACUGAGUCUGUCCAUUAAAGAUGCUACGGCUAAAGUAGUUAUGAGUCAGAGGUUGGGAGGAAGUCUGAGAAGGAAAGUCAGUGAGACAGAGACUCAACUCCUGGCUCUCCACGAAGCCAAGCUAGCCGCCAUCUCAGGUAAUGCCUUCAGCAGUGCUAAAGAGCUGAAGGCAGAGAUGAGAGCUGUCUACAGAGAAAGAGACAGGCUGGAGCUGCUAGUGAAGAGACUCCACAGCCUGAGUUUUGGUAACAGCCAGGAUCUGGCCAAGAUGAAGACACAACAACAACAGCUGAAACUGGAGCUGGAGGCCAGACAGGCCCAGCAUGAACUGACUCUGAAAGAGAAUGUUGUCAAGUACAUCGAGUUACUGGAAGACAGACUGCACAGUUGUGGCUGUCCCCCUCUGCAGCAUAUCUGGGAGGCUGAUCUAGAAGCCUGUCACCUCCUCCUCCGAGGCAUCCAGCUGCGUACCCCCUUCUGUGGUGGUGCAGACCCUGCCACAGUGGUACUACCCAACCCCCAACCAGCCACUAAACAAGAAGCAGAUCUGCAGGAAUGUGCCAUGUUGACGGCUCUGGGGGGGCGCUGGUGCCCCGAGGCCAACCUACAGAACUCAGAGUUCACCAAGAAAUUGGAAGAGUUUUUAUUCUGCAUGGAGGAUGUUCACCCAGAGGAGGACAGUAGCAGUGAAGCAGCAGGGCUAACAGCAGACCUGACUAUAGAGCUGACCGACCAGUGUGAGGAGAUCAGUGAUAGGCUGUUGAUUCUGGAGGAUGACCUCCAGACAGCCAUACAGAACAAAGACCAGGAUCUCACUCAGUCCCUGGAGCAGGAGGUGAGGGAGGUGAAGGCUACUCUACACUCCAUGCUGACACAGCUUAAUGAUGAGGAGGCGGAGGAGGAGGAGAAAGAUAAUGAGAUCAUGGAGGAGGAGGACGAAGACCAGUAUUUCAGUGACAGCUGGGAGAUUUGAUACGGGGGUCUCGGGGUUCUCCUGUGUUUUAUGACCAUCCCAGAGAGACCCUUUCUGGUGGCUGUCCUCUGACAAACCGCUGACCUCUAACCCAUGAACCUGCAAGACUCUGUGAGAGGUUGACAUCAGCAAUCAUAUUAAUUUACUGUAGCUCCAUCUCCUGUACAAUUAGACUCUGUUGUGUUGCUGGACAAUUCCAGAGAGAUUGGACUAUAAACCACUAUCAGUUUUUAUAUAUUAUGGGAAGACACUUUGAUACAAAUCUAGUAAUUUCUAAAUAUGUUUAAGAUAGCAGUUGUGUCCAAGUUUGAUUUGGGAGAAAAACAGUGGAUUUUAUAUAUAUA